UCUAUCCUUGCAUUACUUAGAGUUCUCUGAAACCGCAUUCCGCCCCCUGAUGGCAAGGCUUCUUAGAUCUCUUUUUCUGUGCCUUUGCCUUGUCUGGUGUCUUGGGGACUGAUCGCGGUGGUCAGUACCCUCGGAGACCCCAGUACAAGGGGGAAGAUCGACGGAGCCAAGCUCCCCACCUCAACUUGGAGCUCCCCCAGAGCUCCCUCCCCGCCGCCGGCAUGGUCCCCAAAACGAUGGUUUCCAACGAGGUCUACCUGCUGCCGCUCAACGACGAUGGCUCGCCACAGGUGGCCGGCGGGUACAUCUCCCUUGCUCCCAAGCACAAUGAGCCCAUAACCGUUCGUUUCGCCAUCGAGGGCACGUCGAGCAUCUGCCGUCAGGGCAGCCUGUGGGUCAACAUCCCCGAGCGAGGCGUUGAGUUCCGCCGCGACAGGUUUCGGGAGUUCAAGCUCGUUCCGGACUUCAAUCGCACGAUUGAGAUAUCCAUCCCGAUCUACGAAGCGGGUGCCUACGCCUUCUAUACCACCUACGCCGAGCUGCCGGCCCUCACAUGCCAAUUGGCCGAACCCAGCCACGAUUCCGAAACGAGGACCAAGAAAACGCCAUGGUACUAUAUAGACGUGGCCCCCCGCCUGACGCUGGACGGGCAGCCGCUGCCUCUGCCGGCCUUGUCCGUGUUCUCCGUCAUCAGCAAGUUCAUGGGCAAGUACCCGCAGGACUGGGAACGCCACCUCAGGGGCAUCAGUGACCGCGGCUACAACAUGGUGCACUUUACUCCACUUCAAGUCAGGGGCGUUUCCAACUCGCCCUACAGCCUGUACGACCAGCUCGGGUGGGACCCCGUGUGUUUCCCCGAGGGCGAGAAAGACGUCGAGAAGAUGGUGCAGAGCUUAGAGAAGAACCAUUCGUUGCUCAGCUUGACAGAUAUUGUCCUCAACCACACCGCCAACAACAGCCAGUGGCUGCAGGAGCAUCCGGAGGCCGGUUACAACCUGACCACAGCCCCGUGGCUCGAGUCCGCCUAUCUGCUCGACUCGAAGCUGCUUGAGCUCGGCUUCAAGCUGGAACAACUCGGACUUCCGACUGAGCUCAAGUCGCUCGACGACCUCGACAAGAUCAUGGCCGCCAUCAAGACCGAGGUCAUCGCCAGCAUCCGCCUUUGGGAGUAUUAUGUCAUCGAUGUUGACCGAGAUGCGGACGCGGCGCUCGAGUCAUGGGUCAUUGGCAAGACGAUAUUCCCCGACGGCUCCAUUGGCGACGGCGGUAUUGAGGCGCUCUGCUCCGCAACGGCGGAAGAGCAUGCAGAGUGGCUCAUGAAACACGGCCUCAGGGGCACUGAUCGUCUUGGCGAGCGCUUCCGGAGGAGAGCUGACCCCAGCGUGGCUGCCGCCCUCUUGUCAGCCCUGUUCGGGAAACACGAGGCCGGUAAGGAGGGCACCGUUGACCAAGCCGCCGUUCGCGCCAGGAUAGCGGCGGUGCUCGACAUUGUCAACGUGCCGUUUUACCGGGAAUACGACGCGGAAUUGUCCGACAUCAUGCAGCAGCUCUUCAACCGCAUCAAAUACGUCCGGCUCGAUGAGCAUGGGCCGAAGCUGGGCCCCAUCAACCGCGAGAACCCUCUGAUCGAAACAUAUUUCACCCGCCUCCCACGCAACGAAGUGACUGCGAGGCACAAAGAUGAAGACUUGGUGCUUGUGAACAACGGAUGGGUUUGGGGUGGAAAUGCCCUAAUUGACAAUGCGGGUCCCGAGUCCCGAGUCUACCUCCGUCGCGAGGUUAUUGUCUGGGGUGACUGCACCAAGCUACGUUACGGGAACGGCCCUAAGGACAGCCCGUGGCUCUGGGACCACAUGACCAAGUAUGCCCGCAUGCUUGCCAAGUACUUUCACGGCUUCCGAAUCGACAACUGCCAUUCGACUCCCCUUCACGUCGCCGAGCACAUUCUCGAUGAGGCCCGCCGUGUCCGCCCGAACCUGUAUGUUGUCGCCGAGCUCUUCACUGGCUCCGAAGAUAUGGACUACGUCUUCGUGAAGAGGCUUGGCCUGAGCUCGCUCAUCCGCGAGGCGAUGCAGGCUUGGAGCACCGGCGAGCUGAGCCGCCUUGUCCAUCGCCACGGCGGCCGCCCCAUCGGAAACUUCGAAGUGGAUGAAAUCACAAGCACCGAGGUGCGCAGUCCAACCUUGGAAAAUGGAGAGAAUGCGGAAAACGGGUACAAGUACACACGCGAGACCAUCCGUCGCAUCAAACCUGUCCCUAUCCAAGCACUGUUCAUGGAUUGCACCCACGACAAUGAAGUGCCGGCGCAGAAGCGGGACGCCCGUGACACCCUGCCCAACGCAGCCCUGGUAAGCAUGUGUGCCACGGCAAUCGGGAGCGUCAUGGGAUACGACGAAAUUUAUCCCAGACUGGUGGACCUAGUGAGAGAAACUCGCCUCUACGAGUCUGAGGCGUCCAGGUUUCCCGUGACGGUAGGAGAAGGCAAGGGUGGCAUUUCCGGGGUCAAGAAGCUGCUCAACCAGAUCCACACGCUGAUGGGCAUGGACGGCUACGACGAGACGCACAUUCACCACGAACAAGAGUACGUAACCGUGCACCGGGUGCACCCUGGCUCGCGGAAAGGGUACUUCCUAAUCGCGCACACGGCCUUCCCCGGCUAUGGCAACGGGAAUGGCGCCUUCAAUCCCGUCCGCCUGACUGGGACCAAGGCCAAGCAUCUAGGCAGCUGGAUGCUGGAGGUUGACGCGAGCAAGGAGGCUGUGGAGGAAGUGCUGAGCGACAGGCGGCACUUGCGCGGCCUUCCGAGUCGGCUCAUUGCCGUGCCCGGGAUCCGGAUGGAGGUCAAGGGAGACGACACCAUCAUCACUGUCCGAGACAGGUUCCCUCCCGGCAGCAUUGCCUUGUUCGAGACUUGGAUCCCCGCGGCGGAGCACUCGAGCGGCCUCGAUACCUUUGUCACGUCCGGCGCCAAGGCCGCGAUGGAGGAGCUCGAGCUGGUCGACUUGAAUUAUCUGCUGUACAAGUGUGAGCCGGAGGAGCGAGAUGCCAGCGAUGGCCGGGAUGGUGUAUACGAUAUUCCGGGCCACGGAAAGCUUGUGUACGCUGGCUUGCAAGGUUGGUGGAGCGUCCUCAAGGACAUCAUCGAGGACAACAACCUCGCACAUCCCCUCUGUCAGAAUCUCCGCGAGGGCCAGUGGGCGCUCGACUACAUCGUGGGCAGGCUGGAGCGGGCCUCGCAGCAGCCGCUGUACGUCCGGCUCUCCAAGCCCGCCGCUUGGCUAAGAGAGCGUUUCGACGCCAUCCGCAGCAUCCCCAGCUUCCUGCUUCCCCGGUACUUCGGCUUGGUCCUGCGGACCGCUUACAUGGCGGCCAUCGAGAGGGGUAUCUCCCUCAUGAGUACCAACAUCCGUAACGGACAGUGGUUCCUGCAAAGCCUGGCCAUGGUCAGUGUCCAACAAACCGGCCUUGUCAAGUCUGCGUCCCUCUACCCCAACCGCCUGGUCCCGUCGCUUGCGGCGGGCCUCCCACAUUUUGCGGUCGAGUGGGCGCGUUGCUGGGGCAGAGAUGUCUUUAUCUCUCUUCGAGGUCUAUACCUUGGUACGGGCCGCUUCGAAGAGGCGAAGGAGCACAUCCGCGCGUUUGCAAGCGUCCUCAAGCACGGGAUGAUCCCAAAUCUUCUUGGAAGCGGCAACACCCCGCGGUACAACGCUCGCGACUCGGUCUGGUUCUUCUUACAGUCCAUCCAGGAUUACACCCGGAUAGCACCCGACGGCCUGUCGCUGCUAGACGAGAAGGUCAAGAGGCGAUUUUUGCCAUACGAUGACACCUGGUUCCCCGCGGAUGACCCCAGAGCGUAUAGCAAGGAGAGCACGAUCCGUGAGAUCAUCCAGGAGGUCUUCCAGCGCCACGCAGAAGGCAUGAAGUUUCGGGAGGCGAAUGCCGGGCCCGGCUUGGACAUGCAGAUGAAGGAUGAGGGUUUCAACCAGGAGAUCAAGGUUGACUGGAGCAACGGCUUCGUCUUUGGCGGAAACCAGCACAACUGCGGCACCUGGAUGGACAAGAUGGGCGAGAGCGAGCGCGCAGGCUCCAAGGGCGUCCCCGGAACGCCGCGUGACGGCGCCGCUGUCGAGAUCACCGGUCUGCUGUACAGCGCUCUGAACUGGGUGGCCACCCUGCAUGAAGAGGGCAAGUACGAGCAAUCCGGUGUCCGCAAGGCCGACGGCUCCGAGAUCACCUUUCGAGCCUGGGCCGACCUCAUCAAGGAUAACUUCGAGCGGUGCUACUUCAUCCCGCUCUCCGCCGCGUCCGACUCGCAGUACGACGUCAACCCGGCAGUGAUCAACCGCCGCGGCAUCUACAAAGACCUGUACCGCUCCGGCAAGGAGUACGAGGACUACCAGCUGCGGCCCAACUUCCCCAUCGCCAUGACGGUAGCCCCGGCCCUCUUCGACCCCUCCCACGCGAUGCACGCGCUCUGCGUCGCCGACGCCGUCCUGCGCGGGCCAUCCGGCAUGGCCACGCUCGACCCGGCCGACCUCAACUACCGGCCGUACUACCGCAACAGCGAGGACAGCGACGACUUCGCCACCAGCAAGGGCCGCAACUACCACCAGGGACCGGAGUGGCUGUGGCCCACGGGCUUCUUCCUGCGCGCGCUGCUCAAGUUUGAUCUGCUGCGCCGCCGCGGGGCCACGGACGGGGAUGGGGAGGGGGCCGGGGUCGGCGCGCGGGAGAGCCGGACCGAGGCGUUCCAGCAGGUCACCAGGCGGCUCAAGGCGUGCAAGGAGAUGAUGCAGUGGAGCGCGUGGGCGGGGCUCGCGGAGCUGACGCAGAAGGAUGGGGAGGAGUGUCCGGAUUCGAGUCCUACCCAGGCGUGGUCGGCUGGUUGUCUGAUCGAUUUGUACAUGGACGCGGCGGAGGAGCAGGCCAAGCUGGAGGCUCAGGAGCUGCCUCUCCGAUGAGUCGGCGGGGGCGUCCAAUAGAUGGAUGGCUUGUGCAGAAUACGAGGUGGCGGCAUUGGCGUUCAGGCGUACUGACGUUGCUGAUGCUCGUUCCUCUUUUGAGUUCUGCUGGGCAAGCCUGGCAAUCGGUCAUUCAUUGGUGGGGGUUGAAGCAUGAUUACCGCUACUGUUGGACACACGUGCAUCAGGGUAUACACACAGUAUCAAUAGGGCAAUGCGGAUGGCAGGAUUGGUAUCGAUAGGCAUUAGUCUCUAUAGACGCUAGUCUUUUGAAGCAGCCGUUUGCAUAGAACGUUGCGGUGUGGUGCGCGUGCUGCUGCAUCCUGAGCUCGGAUGGUGGUUCACCCUUACCCUCCCAUCUCCCCUUGAAUCGACACUGUUUCUCCAUGAAUUGUAUGCCUGGCGAAGACAGAUUACAGACUCGUAAUAAUGUUGCAAA